CUCACAGGACGAGUUGUCAUGGCAACUGUACAGCAUGUGCUUACAAAAACAAGAGCUUGACCGUUCGCCGACAGUUCUCUCGACAUUCAAGUUCUAGCUAAAACGCUACGACGCCAUUUUAUUCUUCUAGCAUUUAUCCGAGAAGAAGAAGACACUUGGUAAAACAGAAGUAGACAGUUAACGAUGAGCGGAACCAAAGCCCGCAGCGACACGCCUGUUGCUGAAAAUGUCUCCGGUGGCGGCCACAGCACUGCUGCUCCUUCGCGGGACCGCAAGCCUGGCGGAGGGGUUCUGAAGAGGCUCAAGUCCCGGAGGAGCCAGGUGGACAGCAGGCCCGUCACGGAGGAAGACCUGCGGACACAAAGUGGACACAUCACGCCGGAGGAUGUGUUAGGACUGCGGGUGGCUACUCGAGGGUACCUCUGUAAACCUGAGGACAAUAUUUAUAACAUUGACUUCGUACGCUUUAAGAUCAGAGACCUGGAGACAGGCACUGUCCUUUUUGAGAUUGCCAAACCCCCACAUACAGAAGAUGAUGAGGAGAACAGAGAGGCAGAUGCGUGCGCAGGCCGAUUUGUACGCUACCAGUUCACCCCAGCCUUCCUGCGCCUGAGGACCGUGGGAGCUACGGUGGAAUUCACAGUUGGAAACCGGCCUUUAAACAACUUUCGCAUGAUCGAGAGGCACUACUUCCGCGAUCACCUGCUGAAGAGCUUUGACUUUGACUUUGGUUUCUGUAUCCCAAACAGCCGUAACACCUGUGAGCAUAUCUAUGAGUUCCCUCAGCUGUCUGAGAGCCUGGUCCGUCAGAUGGUGGAGUGUCCUUAUGAGACCCGGUCAGACAGCUUCUAUUUCGUCGAGAACAGACUGGUCAUGCACAACAAGGCAGACUAUGCUUAUAACGGGGGACAGUGAUAUCGGCCUGCUGCAUGCAAAAACACACACACAAACACACACACGCACAUACACAUACGCACACACAUACACACACACAAACACACACACGUACAUGCACACACAUGUACUGUCAUCUGUAGACACUGGUGUUGGGCAAGUUACUUUUAAAAAGUUAUUACCGUAGUUACAGUUACUAGGUACUUUUUCCAAAAAUAAAUUAAAUUAAAUACCCAGUUACAAAUUAUAAAAGUAACUAGUUACUUCAGAAAAGUAACUAUUGCGUUACUUUCAAGUAAAUCUUUAAAUGCUCAAAGGUGACCCCACCUCCACCCCUCUUAACGGAAGUGCAUGUUCAAUUAUUUAUGAUAAAUCUGACUAUUGAAAUUGACACUCAAUACAAGACAUUAUUAACAGAAACAAUGUCCACAAAUCUAAACUAUUGUAAUGUUGCUGUGAGACAAAGUGACACCAGCCUCAAAUCAAAUGCCAUGUAUAUAGAUAUUAUGUGGUAUAGUGGAUCAAUGCAAAUAACACAAUAGAUGUUUUGGAACUUUUGAUAUUUAUUGCUCCUCAUUUGGGCUCGCCAUACCUGUCUCUCGUUGACUGACUCGCUUGUGUUUGUGUGUCCGACUAUGCGUACUUUCAAACACCGGCCCAAUUCUACCUCUGAUUGGCUUACCAUAAAACUUUACUCAACCUCAGCCAAUCGACAGCAUUAACGUGCUCUUCUCGUGCACUGUCCACUAACCAAGGAAGAACAUAAAAAAAAGGUCUUUGCCUCUCGGGUCAAAGAUCUAGUUGGUCUGAUUUCAAUUAUAGUAACUUGCCGCAUUUUUUAGUAGUAACAGUUAACGCCGUUAAUAUGAUUGGAAGAGUAAUCGAUUAGAUUAGUCUUUAUCUUAUUAGCUGUUAUUUAAAAAAAAAAAACAUCACUUGUAGAGACAUUUAAAGACACACAUACAUGUUAUAUACGUAGACACAUGCAUGCACAUAGCUGAUUAUCCAUCACUCCUACAUGCACAAGCUAAAUGACACAGUUGAAUUGCCUCUGAUGUUUUUAAAAAGGAAUAGCAAAUCCCUGGGAUCAUUUUCAGGAGGCGUAUUUCAUAUUGCAGAAGGUCAAUAUCAGUCUCUACUCUGACAUACAAACAGAAAGCUUCUGUUAGAAUUAAGUUCAAUAAGGACUCUAGUGGCUAUAAACGUCUUAAACACACCAAAUGUCUCCUCUUAGCAAUUUUUAGAGUGUCCUACCACCCCCUCAACAAACACACACACACACUUUCACACACAUACACAUUCAAUCCCCAAGUGACACACAUAGUGUGUCAGAAGCAGCUGUUCUUAGCUACCGCCUCCACAAUCCACUCCAGACAAUAUCAGGGGAGAAAGCGCGAAGCAUCCACAAAAACACUCCUGUCAAACACACAUGGUCACUCCUGCGAUACCCAUUUUCCUCUCCUUCCUUGCUUUCACACAAACACACACACACACACACUCGUAUUUGAGCUGUGACUGAAUCAUGGCAAAGCGAGUAAAACAACAAUAGUACUGUACAAGACUUUGAUCCAAGGUCUGGGAGACCAUUACUUUUUUGUUUUUCUCUUGUUGAUAGCAACAUAGAAAAAUAGAUUGGUUAACAGUUAACAGAAAUGCAACUGUAAGAUUUGACUGCAAUAAAAAACCUUACAUGAUGAACAACAGUCAAAAAAGAAAUUUCAAGUAGAUAGUAAGAAGUUCUGAUAUCAUGAUGCAUGCGAUGAUAUAAACCAAAUAGGGGAAAAUAUUUGUAAGAAUGGAACACUGAAUACCAGAUAUACUGUGAAAAAAAA